AUGAGGGUCUCUCGCGUCUCCAUGCUGCUGUUUGCCGCCCUGGCGGCGGUGGUGCUGGCACCCAGUGGCACCCAUGCGCGCGGCCUCCUGCAGGCCCAGGUCUGCGUCCUGCCCGCAACCGUGGCGCCCACGUCCCAGGUCCUCGUCGGCGGCUCCAUCACGACCCCCAUCGCGGCCAAGGUCCGCCCCACCUCCUCCACCACCUUUAGCGGGUCGUUCGCCAUCGUCUUCCCGGCGCCCUGCCCCACCGCCGCCACGCUGGCCGCGGCCCUGCCCAAGGCCUACAUCGCCACCGUCAAGGGCUCCCCCGGCGUGAGCCUCGCUGACACCAAGGCAGUCGUGACCAUGGGCACGCCGCCCACUGUCGUGGCCAACGUGCUGGUGGGGGGCCUCAAGGGCACCACCCUCUCCGCGGUCGGCCCCGCCGGCGUUGCCGCGCCCACCGUCACUGCGACUGCCGGCACCGUCACCACCACCAACAGUGUGGUGCCCAUCAAGCCCUACAGCCUUGCUGGCCAGUCCAUGCUCAUCGCCGGCACUGGUUGCACCCUCGGCGCCACCGGCGCGACGGUCACGUUCUCGUGCCCCAAGCUGUCUGUAGCGCAGACCCUGAACCUGGAUGUUGGCUCCGGCGUCAAGGGUGGCGGCAGCCUGGCGAUCCAGGGGUCCCUGACUGCCACCGGCAAGCUCAGCGAUGCCAAGCUGGUUCCCGCCAGCACCGUCCCGGCGCCCAAGGCGUAA